AUGGACUUCCCAACUCCACAACCACCAGCUAACCCCCCUACAACGAUUCUCCUCGAUAAAUACGAACUCGGUCGCCUUCUCGGCAGCGGUAGCUUCGCCAAAGUCCACGUGGCUCGCUCCAUCGAAACCAACCAACUUGUAGCCAUCAAAACCAUCGACAAGAAGAGAACCGCCAAGGCCGGCAUGGAACCGAGAAUAAUCCGCGAAAUCGAAGCCAUGCGUCGCUUACACCACCACCCAAACAUCCUCAAAAUCCACGAAGUCAUGGCCACUAAAACAAAAAUCUACCUCGUCAUGGAGCUCGCUGCGGGCGGAGAGAUCUUCACUAAGAUCCUCCGCUCCGGCCGCCUCCAGGAGCCGGAGGCGCGCUGCUAUUUCCAGCAGCUCGCCUCCGCGCUAACCUUCUGCCAUAGAGAAGGAAUAUCUCACCGCGACGUGAAGCCUGAGAAUCUCCUCCUCGACAAGGAGGGAAACCUCAAGGUCUCGGACUUUGGUUUAUCCGCUUUACCGGAGAAUCGUACCAGCAACGGAAUGCUCCACACAGCUUGCGGCACGCCGGCUUACACAGCUCCAGAGGUGAUUGCUCAGAGAGAUUACGACGGAGUGAAGGCUGAUUCGUGGUCUUGUGGCGUCUUACUUUUUUUUCUUCUCGCGGGUUACACUCCUUUUGAUGAUUCACAUUUUGUGAUAAUGUAUAGGAAGAUGCAAGGGAGAGACUAUAAGUUCCCGAGAUGGUUCUCUAAACAAGCUCGGUUUAUUAUCUACCGGUUGCUGGAUCCGAAUCCAGCAACGAGGAUGAGUAUUGAAGAUGUAAGUGAAACCAAAUGGUUUAAAAAAGGACUAGAAGUGUCCGAGUUUGGAUCCAGUGUGUUGGAUUCGGAUGAGAGAUUGGGGAGGAUGAGAAGUGAUACUAUCACAGCGUUUGAUUUGAUCUCUUUGUCGUCUGCAUGGGACCUAUCGGGGCUGUUUGAGAGGAGGGAGAGGAAGAGGACGAGGUUUACGGCUAGGGUUUCGGUGGAAGGAGUGGUGGAGAAGGUGAAGACGGUAGGGGAGAAGUUAGGGUUUAGAGUUGAUGAGAAAAGUGAGGCGAGGGUUGUGGGAUUGAGUAAAGGAAGAAUGAUGGUGAUGGUUGAGGCGGUGGAGCUGGUGGAAGGUUUGGUUGUGGCGGAGAUGAAGGUGGUGGAAGGUGUGGAGGAGGAGGAGGAUGAGUCUUAUUGGUCGGAGAUAGUUGUAGAGCUUGAGGAGAUUGUGUUUGCAUGGCACAAUGAAGCCACCUUACAGUGA